AACUAAUUUUUUCAAAGAGUGAUCAGAUCAUAGAGAGAGAAUAUAUGGAUGGUUUGAUCAUGAGCAGAAGGACGGGAAGGUUGGCGAUGGUUGUAAUAUGGGUCAUGAUGUCGUUGGUGGGGCUGAAGACAAGUGUAAUGGCAAAAACGACAUUGCACAGGGUUGGAGGCUCUCUUGGAUGGAACCAGAACAUAAACUAUACUUUAUGGUCCGCUUCUCAGCACAUCUACGUCGGAGACUGGCUCUAUUUCCACUUUGACAAGCGUUACUACAAUGUAUUGGAAGUGAACAAGACAAGUUAUGAGAACUGCGACGAUCAAAGCUUCAUUAAGAACAUAACUCAAGGUGGCCGCGAUGUGUAUGAGCUCACAGAGGCACGGCCUUAUUACUUCCUCUCCGGCGGCGGGUAUUGCUACCACGGGAUGCGUGUCGCCAUCUUUGUCGAUGACCGACUACUCCCGGCCACUGAUCCUGCCCCAUCUCCUGCUCCUGUUCCUGCCCAAAACGCUUCUCCAAUGUCAAAUAAUAGUACGGUUGAUCAAAUGUUUCUCUAUAUUGUACUCCUUUCCAUAACUUUCAUUUUGUUCAUCCUCUUCUAAACCGUGUAUUGGGAUACAAAUGCCAAGAGGCCACUUGAUAAUUAAUUGAAGGAAAGUAAUAUAAAUAAGGUUACUGUGA